CGGAAGGCGCUGCCCUUUGGAGACAAACCAUUUUACUUGUAGUGUCUGCAUCAAGUCUGGAAAGCGAGGGCUCAAUUUUAACAGAAUCCACCUUAAAAUCUCUCCCUUAGCUUAAGCCCAUAGCGACCGAUACGUCGGGUGAGAAUAUCACGGGACGAGAAGGGGGAAUAAAAAAAGACGCUCGCGGAAAACCCGGGUGUUAAUAGGACAAUAUCUGUUUCGCGGCGGAGAGGGGGAGAGAGACAACAACACGGCGAGGGAGAGAAAAAAAAACGAUUUGGUCUUGAGAGAGAGGGGGGUGAGUGCUCUCAAGGCAGAAAAUUCGAUGAUGACCAUGACUACGAUGGCUGACGGUCUGGACGCUCAGGACUCGUCCAAGUCUGCUUUCAUGGAGUUUGGGCAGCAGUCGCAGUCGCAGCAGAGCUCCCCGUCGAUGGCCGGCGGCCACUACCCGCUGCACUGUCUCCACUCGGGCUCACACGCUCACCACCAGCACGACAAUACCCCGUACCCCGGGACCAACACCUACAACCGGUCGCUACCUUACCCCUACGUGAGCCACGCGCACCACAGCCCGUACCUGCCAUCGUAUCACAACAACACGGGAGGACAGACAAGGUUAGACGGCGCAGAGCAGCAGAAAACGACGGUGAUCGAAAACGGGGAAAUCCGCUUUAACGGGAAAGGCAAGAAGAUUCGCAAGCCUCGGACAAUUUAUUCCAGUUUGCAGCUUCAGGCACUGAACCACCGGUUCCAGCAAACACAGUACCUCGCGUUACCGGAGCGCGCCGAGCUGGCCGCCUCUCUGGGACUAACACAAACCCAGGUAAAGAUUUGGUUCCAGAACAAGAGGUCAAAGUUCAAGAAGCUGCUCAAGCAAGGCGGCAACCCGCACGAGAGCGACCCGAUCCAGGGCUCCAUGUCCCUGUCCCCGCGCUCGCCGACCAUCCCUCCAAUCUGGGACGUGUCGGCCUCUUCCAAAGGAGUAAACAUGCCGGCCAACAGCUACAUGCCCGGCUACUCUCACUGGUACUCCUCCCCGCACCAAGACUCCAUGCAGAGAUAGGCCGGCGGGGCCGGAGGCUCGGUGCGGCCCGCCCGGAGGCCUCCGUGUCUCCCGCCAUGCAGUUUUCCAACGUAGCCUACGAAUUUCGUGUCAUAUAGCGCAGAGGCUGGAUGCUGGAGAGGAGACACACAACGACCCCCCCCCCCACACCCCCACCCCCACACACACACACACCCUCCUCUUCCUCCGCCGCGUCUCUGCUUCUGGAUCGAACCCGUCCGAGCCUCGGUCUGGUGACACAAACAAGGGGAACUAACCUUUUUUUUUUUUUCUUUUUUUUCUUUCCCCCUCCUCCAGCGUUACAUGGCUGUUCAGUGGGUUCGCAUCUUUGUUAUGCUUUCAUUCAUGUCAACAUCUGAACGUCAAUAUACCAAAUAUUACAAGUGACAUUUUCGCCACUUUUUUGGGGCAAAAGACUGCUUAUACCCCCCCCCCCCCCCCCCCCCCCCCCCCCCCC